UUAUGUAUGAAGGAAAAUAAGUGAUUUGUUACUUCUUUUGUGUGUCUGUAUGCUCGGUACGUAAGCAAGAAAUAUUAUUAUUAAAACAUUACACAAAUAAUAUGCGAGGUGGGGAUGGGAUGAAGAUAAAGGUGUGUUGAAGGUUUUGGAGUAUACAAUCAACGUGGAAUGCUACUUGUAGACCUUGUUAUCCCUUUUUUUGAUGGGAUGAAGAUGAGGUGUGUUGAAGGUUUUGGAGCAUAUAAUCAACGUAGAAUGCUACUUGUAGAACUUGUUUUCCCGUUUUGAUGGGAUGAACAUGAGGCGUGUUGAAGGUUUUGGUGGAUACAGUCAACGUAGAAUGCUACUUGUAGAACUUGUCUUCCCGUUCUGUGAUGGAAUGUUUCAUCCAUCACAAAAAAGUGGUAAACAAGCAAAGGCCCACCCAAUGUUAGUUCUCUUUCACAUACAGUACUAUUGCUAGCUGUAAAUGAAGUUUCGAAAAUUUAUUGAUGAUCCCUCCUUCUCAACUACUUGCAUUCACUUUCUGUGUAGUAUUUAGCAAUGCUGAAUGAAUCCACUUUCUAUUCAUCUUUUGAAAAGUACCACUUUUUCUUUCACUAAGGCUUUAGCAAUAUUCUUCAAACAAUGUCUCAUGCUUCUUCUUCCAAAGUUUGUGACUUGUUUUACAUCACGAUAUUUAAAUGUUGUUUAUUUCUUUCUUAAAUUCCAUAUUCAACCAAACACGUCGCAUCAUCCGUUUGUGAGAUUUUAUUAGAAAUGUUGUUCUUUGAAUCAUUUUCUGGGUGAUUGUAAUAAGUGACCGCAAUAAAUGAGCAUAAGGUGGAUUUUCAUUUUGUAAUUCAAAAUAUCUAAAUGAUUCUAUAGUCACAUAUUGGUCAAAUAGUUGUGGUACCAACAUGUUAAAUUGAAUUUAUCUAAUGGUUAAGUAAAUUUAUAAUUUUUAUUUCUGCUAAAAGAGGACAUUUUUUAUAUGUAAAAGGUAAUUUUGAUUUGAAGAGAUAUUUUUAAUUUGAUAAUUAAUAUGAAAAUAAUUUGGAAAGAUAGAUAAUUUAUCAUUCUCAAAAAUUUAGUUUUUUGGUGUGGUUCUCUCAGGUUAGUAUUUCUUUUCUGCUUUUUGUGUGUUUUCUUCUAAAUUGUUACGAAAUUUCUCAGUUAGGACACCGAAUUUAUAUAUUAAUUUACAGAAAGGUAUCAAUUUGCUGUUCAAUUGUUUAAUUUGUCAGUUGAAAAAAGGUACAUUUUUAUGUCAUGAAUUAGGAAGAUGAUAACAAGUUUCCUAUAGAAGAUGAAAAAAGGUAAAGUCUUUUUAUUUUGUUUAUUUCAAUCAUAUUACAAUGAAGAGUUUUAAGUUGUAAAAAAUGUAAUGACUUCAAUUAAUUUCUCACAAUAAUGAAUAACCUAGGAUACAUUUUUAUGAGUUGAAAUAGGAAGAUGAUAAGUAGUUCCCCGUAACGAGUAUGGCCUAGUAAUUAAUGAAGUGGUUGAGAGUCAUGACGUCUCAAGUUCAAAUCCCAACUGAGACAAAAGCACUAAGUGAUUCUUCCCAUAUGUCCUUGUCCUAUCCCCGAUGGACAAAGUUACUUGAUACAUGUUGCCGAUAGAUAUCCUAUGGGUGAAUGGAAGAGUUAGUUGUUUUAAUGAUGGGAUUCGUGAAAUUAGUCGAGGUGUGCUCUAAAUACUAACUAUUAUAAGAAAAGAACAAUUGAUGUGAGUCAUUUUUCUCAAUAAUUCAGAGAAGUUACGGAGAAGAUUCAAAGAUGGAGGGAUGAAUUUGCUAAUAUGAUGUAAAAAGAAGUAGCAAGUAAACUUUGUUUUUAUUUGUGUUUGUUGAUGGACCCAUUCACAAUGUGGAAAGAAGACUUCAUAUCAGACAUUGACUUUAAAUGUGAGGACAUUAUUAAUGAGAAGUUAGACCAAAUUCUGAGAAAUAAUUUUACCAAUUAGGCUUCAAAUAUUAGGCUUUAGCUAUAUUCUUCAAACAAUGUCUCAUGCUUCUUCUUCCAAAGUCUGCAAGUACGAUAUCUUUUUGAGUUUUAGAGGUGAGGAUACGCGUAGAACCUUUGUGAGUCAUCUCUAUAAUGCUUUGGAACAGAGAGGAAUCCAUGCUUUCAAAGACGAUGAGCGGUUGGAGGCAGGACAAUCAAUUUCUGCUGAACUUUUAAAAGCCAUAGAAGACGCCAGAUUCGCUGUCGUGGUAUUUUCAAAAAGCUAUGCAUCGUCAAGACGGUGCUUAGAGGAGCUUGCACACAUCAUAAAGUGUAAAAUGGAAUUGGAGCAGGUUGUGAUUCCAGUAUUCUAUGAUGUGAGUCCAUCAGAUGUACGCCAUCAAAAUUCCCCUUUUGCUGAUUCAUUUUUCCAACACGAGGUCAAAUACAAAGAUGAUAUGGAGAAGGUUCAAAGAUGGAGAGGUGCAUUUGCGGAGGCAGGCAAAAUAUCAGGCUAUCAUUUACUUAAUUUCAAAGAUGAGGCUGAGUGCGUCAAGAAACUAGUUGAUGACAUAUUUCCUAAGUCACUUCAAAUUAUUUCACCUUUUCCGGAAAGCUUAGUGGGUAUGAGAUCUCAGGUUGAGAAAGUAAGCGAAUUAUUAAGUAUGGAAUCAAAUGAUGCUCGCUCUAUUGGUAUUAGUGGUAUGGGUGGCAUCGGCAAAUCAGAACUUGCACGUGUUCUGUAUGAAAGAUACCGCCAUCUAUUUGAAGCUGAUUGUUUUCUUGGUGAUGUUGGAGAACUUCACCAGAAAAAUGGACUAGCAUGGCUGGCACAAGUCGUUAUUCGCAAGCUCUUGGGUGAAAAGAUGAGUGUAACUAGUGAACAUGAAGGGAUGAUUAUUUUAAAGAAUAGGCUUCGCUGGAAGAAAGUUUUGUUCAUUCUCGAUGAUGUAAACCAUCGAGAACAGUUGGAAUUUUUAGUUGGAGGGACAGAGUGGUUUGGAAUGGGUAGCAGAAUUAUUCUAACAUCAAGAGACAAGAACCUGUUGAUCAGUCACGUCGGAGAUAACGUGUAUGAAGUCCAACUAUUAUCCGUUGUUGAAGCACUUGAAUUGUUCAGCAGGCAUGCUUUUAGAGAAAAAUCACCAAAAGAAGAUUUUAUGGAACUUUCGAGAGAAGUGGUGGAGCAUGCUGGUGGUCUCCCGUUAGCCCUUAAAGUUUUGGGUUCUUCAUUUUACAGACGAGACAAAAAGCACUGGAGACACAUAAUUGAUCGGCUGAAGAGAAUCCCUCACAAGGAUAUUCUAGGAAAGCUUAGGCUUAGUUUUGAUGGUCUGGACAAAGAUGAGAAGGAAUUAUUUCUAGAUAUUACAUUUCUAGAAAUAGCAUGCUUGACUCGAUAUGAUCUUUUUUUUUCUGAGGAGCAUAUUAUGGUACUGAGAGACACGAGUCGUGGCUUUCUAGUAGAUUACCUUGUUGAAAAAUCUCUGUUAUCCAUCGACCUGAAUAAAGGUAUUGUGAUGCAUAAUAUGAUAAGAGAAAUGGGUGAAAAUGUCAUACGGGAAGAGUACGCUAACAGCAGAAUAUGGCUUCCCCAGGAGGUUUGUGAUCUUUUUGAAGGAAAGUUGGUUAGCAAUAUUUAUAUGACAGAAAAGGUGGAAAGUCUAUGUAUCCCAAACGAUUGCUAUUAUGAAGACGAUUUUGUCGAUUAUAGCCAUAUUUUCAAGAGGAUGCAAAGCUUACAAAUACUCAUAAUUCAUGAUAAAACUUUUCUCUCAAACUGUGAUACCACUUAUCUUCCCUCCAGUUUGUGGUUUAUUGAUUGGUUGGGGUAUCCUUCAUCUUCAUUGCCAGAGAGCUUUGAACCAUUGCAGCUGGUUGUGCUUUGGUUACGUAGAAGUUGUCUUGUGGAACUUUGGCCAAUAUCAAAGAAAUUGAGCAACUUGAAGCAUUUGGAUCUCAUGAACUGCUAUGAGUUAACAAAAUCCCCUAAUUUUGGUGAUAUGCCAGUCUUGGUGACACUAAAUUUAGAUUGGUGUGAGAAUUUGGAAGAGGUGCAUCCCUCUCUUGGACAUUGCAGAAUGCUUACUUCUUUGAGUUUGAAAUUUUGUGACAAACUUAAGAAGCUUCCAAAAUUUGUCUGCAUGGAAUCUCUUGUGCAUCUCGAUCUCUGUACUUGCAAAAGCUUACAAGAAUUUCCAGAAAUCUGUGGAGAUAUGCAGCACUUAUCAAAACUCUAUGUAGGAUCCCCCUGGAUAAGAAGCUUACCCCCGUCUCUCAACGGCCUUAGAAAGUUGCGAUUGGAUGAUUGUGAAAUUCUUGAAAGUAUUCCAGACACUUUUCGAAAUCUUAGAUAUCUCAUUAUUUCAGGUUGCAAUAAACUUACAACACUGACAGACAGCCUCUUUGAAUCACAGCAAUUGGAAUAUCUUAAAAUAUACGGAUGUUGUGGAUUGGUAAAGCUCCCGUCAUCUCUUGGAGUUCAAAAGAAUCUCUAUGAGUUAGAGAUUAUGGAUAGAUGUGAGAGCUUAAGGAAUCUUCCAAGCUCUAUUCGGAUGGAAUCCCUUCAACAACUCGAGAUAUCUAAUUCCCCAAAAUUAGAUACAUUUCCAGAAAUCAAAGGAGAUAUGCAUUGCUUGAAGGUCGUGACUCUGACGUCUACUGGGAUACGAGAAGUGCCUUCAUCCAUUGGGAAUCUGAGCGGCCUCACUUCUCUAAAUCUGUCAGGUUGUGAAGAUCUUGUAAGUCUACCAGACAACCUCUGUAAUUUGAUGAAUCUUCGUAAACUUAACCUCAGAGGUUGCAAAAGGCUAGAAAAGCUUCCAGAAAACAUUGGGGAUUUACAUCAAGUAUCAGGUUUAUCCUUACCAAAACUUCAUCUUGUUACUCCCUAUCGUUUGGGUGUACUUCCUGAGGAGUUAAGAGGUUUACACUUUUUGAAUGGGUUGGAUAUAAGUGGAAGCAAUAUUUCUUGUUUACCAAAAAACUUCAAAGGACUCUUUUCACUUUUGAAGUUGAACAUACAAUUCUGUGAGAAUCUUAAUGAACUGCCAAGAGAGCUACCCCCAAAUUUAAAAUGGCUAUAUGCAGAUUAUCAUUUAGCCCUGAAGAGCAUCAGAGAUCUCGUAAUGAAUUGUCUUAAGCUGUGUACGCUGGGGAUAUCCAACUGUGGAACUGUCUCAAGUGAACAAGUUAAUGUGUUCCUACAGCAUUUUCUCAAGACAUGCAUCCAGUGUGACUUCCACCGAAGGAAUUCUUUUAUCAUUACUUUUCCCGGAGUCAGAAUUCCAGAGUUGUUUGAUCAUGAUCGUUUUAUAAAUCAAAAAGAGAUGUCAAUUCAUCUGAAUCCAUCUUGGUAUACAGAUAAAUUCAUGGGUUUUUGGAUAUGUUACAGUCCUAUUAAAUUUCACACAGAAUUACGAGUUACAUUGGUCUGCAAAUCUGACCCUGAAAGAAAAUAUUCCUUGGAGUAUGACAUGUUUGGACAUUUUAUGAUCGAGUAUCCUUUAAUUUGUUGCUUGUACAUACCAUUUGAAACAUUGUGGAACAAUGGCGAAGGCAAUAAAGAAGGUAAGAAUCCAAAUGAUUAUUACAUGUUGGAGCUAUCUGGGGAAAAAAAAUGCUGCUGGGGAAUUCGACUGGUGUAUGAAGAGGAAGCAAUGAGUAAUGAUACUGCUCAUAAGAAAAGGAAAAGAAGAAGCAAUGAGUGAGGCAAAAGUUUGUUUAUAUGUAAAAGGUUAUUUGGAUUUGGAGAGACAUUUUUAAUUUGAAAAUUAAUACUAUUAAAAAUAAUUGAGUCAUAGAAUUUGUACAUAUAAAAUGUAAAUAUAUAAAUAUUGGAUGCUCCAUUAUGAGUUGAGAAAACUUCUCUAGUUAAAUAAAUUCUUUUUAAAUUUACAUAAA